GCGGAUGUAAUGAUGAAUUAGAGUAAGAGAAGAAGAGAAGAAAAUUCUCUCUUCUCUUUCUCAUUUCUCCAGAAAAAUUAAAAAUAGAAAAAAAAAUCCCUAAUUCUUAACCAUGACGGUGCACCAAGAAAAUGGGCUCAACAAUGGCAGAACUCCCCAGAAGUCGAUCCCGCCGCACAUGAAAGCUGUGUCGGGGUCGCUGGGCGGAAUCGUGGAGGCGUGCUGUCUGCAGCCCAUCGACGUGAUCAAGACGCGGCUGCAGCUCGAUCGGAGUGGGGCCUACAAAGGAAUUAUCCACUGCGGCGCGACCGUUGCGCGAACCGAGGGCGUGCGGGCCCUCUGGAAGGGGCUUACCCCUUUCUCGACUCACCUGACCUUGAAGUACGCGCUUCGCAUGGGCUCCAACGCCGUCCUCCAGAGCGCUUUCAAGGAUUCCCAGACCGGCAAGGUCAGCAACCAUGGCCGCGUCCUCUCUGGCUUCGGCGCCGGAGUUCUCGAGGCUCUCGUCAUCGUUACGCCUUUCGAGGUGGUGAAGAUCCGAUUGCAGCAACAGAGAGGACUCAGUCCUGAACUUCUGAAGUACAAGGGUCCCAUACACUGUGCUCGUACUAUCAUCCGGGAAGAGGGCCUCCGUGGGUUAUGGUCUGGUGCUGCCCCAACUGUUAUGCGCAAUGGGACAAACCAGGCAGCCAUGUUUACAGCUAAAAAUGCUUAUGAUGUACUCUUGUGGAAGAAACAUGAAGGAGAUGGGACAGUCCUUCAACCAUGGCAGUCAAUGAUAUCGGGAUUCCUUGCAGGUACAGCAGGUCCAUUGUGUACUGGCCCCUUUGAUGUUGUGAAAACCAGGCUGAUGGCUCAGACCCGAGAUGGGGGCGAUUUGAAGUACAAAGGAAUGAUCCACGCUAUCAGGACAAUUUAUGCGGAAGAAGGGCUCCGUGCCUUGUGGAAAGGACUACUGCCCCGGCUCAUGAGGAUCCCUCCUGGUCAGGCGAUUAUGUGGGCUGUGGCUGAUCAAAUAACCGGCUUGUACGAGAGAAGAUAUCUAAUCAAUGCACCCUUGUAGGCGGAAUUUGCAUUAUUCUCCUUAUGGUUUUCAAUGCCAUUGCAAGCAUGUAGUCAUAAAUCAUCCUAGACGUUUUUUAUUUUUCCUAGUUUCAAUUUGAUUGAUUCUCCAUAAUUGGGAACCUGUUUCGAAGAUUGUAUAAGUAAUUCUGAGGUCGGAGGGGUGGCAAAUCCUUGAUCUUGAUGAAGUAUCGUAAGAAGAAGAAGACUGCCACAUAUAUAAAACGUGGCUAAUAAUGCAAGAGAUGCGAACGCCUCUCUUAUUAUGGCAGACUCCACACAGCCAGGUAACUUCUUGUUGUGUACUAAUCCUGUGAUGGUUCUUUGAUUUCUUGAGAAUUAGGAGUCCUAUCACCAAUGGUUGACAUGGUCAGAUGUAUCACAAUCGGUUUGUGUACUAGUAGUUUUAGGGUCUAACCUUUGAACUUGAGACCCAUCUAGUGGAACAUGACAUCCAUUGCUUAAUUGUACA